UGUUAAUGAGGAUACAACAUGCCCUUUCUAUAUGUGGGAUGACUAUGGAUACCACCCACACGUUGCCAUUGAUGUCCUCCUUCUCAUGUCAUUGAUAAAAAUCAAAGAUGACAAAACUUUCUGGAUGCAUGACCAAGUGCGGGACCUCGGAAGGGAAAUUGUCCGUCAAGAGAACUUGACCAAUCCCUAUGAGCGUAGUAGAGUGUGGAAUUGUGAUGAAGCCCGAAGCAUUCUGAAGGAGAAAGAGGGAAAUAAGAAAAUAAAAGCAAUGUCACUAGGAGGAUAUCUUGGAUUUCAUGAAGGCAUUUUGACAAGUGAUGAAGUUGCUCCGUUACGAAACCUAAGGUUCUUUCAAGGGAGUUGGAAGUGCCUGGUUGGAGACUUCAACAACCUUCUCCCUAGUUUAAGAUGGCUUUCUUGGAAAUUUUACUCUAGCCAGUUUGAGGCAACAAACUUUCAUCCGGCUAACUUAGUCAUUCUUGACCUUUCAUGGAGCAAUAUUUCGGAGGAAUGGAUUGGCUGGGAACAACUUAGAGAGGCCAAAAAACUAAAGGUACUAAAUCUCAACUGGUGCGAACACUUAAAGAGAACACCUAAUUUAUCUACAUGGGUGUACCUAGAGAGAUUGGAUCUUGAUGGUUGUAACAACUUAAUUGAAAUUGACCCAUCCAUUGGUAAUUUGCGAUCUUUGUUGACCUUGAAUUUACCAAAUAGCAAACUACCAUAA